UGAAAGAGACUCCCGCACAGAAAGCGGACAAACAAACGCAUCGAUCGCGAAAACUCUGCAGAGCUCAUCAGCCAUGAAAAGGCAGGUCUGCAGUGGAACAGCAGAACAAGAUGAAUUUACAAAGAAGCCCAGAGGAAGCGCCGGCGAAUCAGCAGCAGAAAGAUCGAACUCUCCGGCUCCCAGCUUUGUGUCCAUGAAGAGCGAUGCGUCCAUAGAUUUUCUUUACGGGUUCAAUCGAGGAGAAAAGAACAAACCAUACAGUGAAAAACCAGCGUCACUGAGCUACGACUUUGUGGUGAGUGAAAAGUCAUCAGAACUCUACCAGCACCAUGAGGAACCUCCAUCAGACGCAGAUCCGGUCACAUCACGAAAGAGGAAACUCUGCCUGCAGCACCACACGCCUCUGGAGAUUUACUGCAGGACGGACCAGACGCUGAUCUGCAAACAGUGUGCGACUGUGGAGCAUCGAGGACACGACAAAACUUACGAAGCAGGCGCCAGGGUGCUGCUGGAGCUCGACACGUUGUUAUUACUUGAGCAAACACUAAACAACGUAGAUACGAACAUGUUCAUGACGUAUCUGUGCCAAAAUUACCCAGAAUGCUUCGAGACCCCUCAGAUGACUGAUAUCCAGGAAACAGCUAAACUCAUUCUGAAAAGAUUUGGUCUAGACGGAGCUCCAAAGAUUGCUCUGAAGGUCAUGUUGGAGUUAGGGAAAAGUCAUAGAACCGUCCAAGAUCGGCUGAAAUCUAAACUACAGAGUCAUCUCCGAUCCAAAUUCCAGUGUAUCAGGGAAGGAAAUGCUCAGCAGGGGAAUCCUAUUCUCCUGAACGACAUCUUCACAGAGCUUCUCAUUACAGAAGGAGGCGAUGGAGCCAUCAAUAAAGAGCACGAGAUCAGACAAAUUGAGGAUGCGUGCAAGAACAAGGGAAUGGAAGAGAUUGUGAUCAAAUGCAACGAUAUAUUUCAGCCUUUACCUGGACGCAACAAACGCAUCAGGACCGUCCUGACCAAGGGCAUCGCCGGGAUCGGGAAAACCGUCUCCGUACACAAAUUCAUCUUGGACUGGGCAGAAGGAAAAGCCAAUCAGGAUAUUAAUUACAUCUUCCCGCUUCCUUUCCGUGACCUGAAUUUGAAAGCAAACGGCCAAUACAGUGUGAUGCAGCUUCUUCAUCAGUAUUUCCCAGAACUUAAAGAACUCAAAACUAUACGGAGUGAAGAAGUGAAAACUGUGUUCAUCUUUGACGGCCUCGACGAGUGCCGUCUUCGCCUGGAUUUCAGGAACAACGAAAUGUGUUGUGACUUAACCAAGAAGAUUCCGGUAAAUGCUCUGCUAACAAACCUCAUUCAGGGAAAUCUACUUCCAUCUGCUCUUCUCUGGGUCACCUCUCGACCUGCGGCGGCCAAUCAGAUCCCUCCGGAGUGCGUCAACCAAGUUACCGAGGUCCGAGGAUUUAACGACUCUGACAAAGAGAACUACUUCCGAAAAAGGUUUAGCGACCAAGGGCUUGCCGAAAAAAUCAUCAAACACAUCAAGUCCUCGCGGAGCCUCCACAUCAUGUGCCACAUCCCGGUCUUCUGCUGGAUUUCUGCAACAGUUUUGGAGAAGAUGUUGGACAAAUCAGACAUGGAAGUACCCAAAACUCUGACCCAGAUGUACACCCACUUUCUUCUCAUUCAGACACAUUUGAAAAACAAGAAAUACCAUGGAGUGAUUCAGGACAACAUGGAACUCCUGGAAUCAGACAAAGAGAUGCUCUUCAAACUGUCCAAGCUGGCCUUUCUCCAGUUAGAAAAACAAAAUCUGAUUUUCUAUGAAACCGAUUUGACCGAUUGUGACAUUGAUGUUAGCAAGGCAACCGAAUACUCUGCAAUUUGCACAGAAAUUUUCAAAGAAGAGUUCGGAUUGUACCGCGAGAAGGUCUUCUGCUUUGUACAUCUGAGCAUUCAGGAGCACUUGGCUGCUCUCUAUGCACAGCUUAACUUUACAAACAGCCGCAUUAACAUACUUCAGGAAGACACAGAGAAACACAGCAAACCGGUGAAGAUGUCCGAUUUGCACAAGAGCGCUGUGGAUAUAGCGUUAAAGAGUAAGAACGGACACUUUGACCUUUUCCUGCGAUUUCUUCUCGGCCUCUCCCUCGAUUCCAAUCAGGCCCUUUUGAGAAGUCUGCUGCCAAAACCGUGCUCGGAAAGUUUGGAGGAAACGGUGAACUACAUUAAGGAGAAGAUCAGAAUGGAGUCGUCUGCAGAAAGGACCAUCAACCUGUUCCACUGCCUGAAUGAACUGAAUUACAACUCACUGGUGGAAGAAAUUCAUAAUUUCCUUAGAUCAGGCCAGCAGUCGGAGAAGGAGCUGCAGCCUGACCAGUGCUCAGCUUUGGCCUAUGUGCUGCUAACAUCAGAGAAUGUAAUGAACGAAUUUGACUUGAAGAUGUGUAACACGUCUUCUGAAGGAUAUCGGAGACUGUUACCAGUUGUCAAGACCUCGAGAAAAGCCAGUCUUGCUGGUGUCAACCUCACAGAUGAAUCCUGCGAGACCCUGGCUUCGAUCCUCCAGUCCGCUAACUCGCACCUAGUAGAACUGGACCUGAGCUUUAACAGUUUGGGAGAUUUAGGAGUGAAACUUCUGUGUACUGGUCUCUCGAAUCCACAGAGCAAACUGGAGAAACUGACUCUCAGUCACAACGAGCUCGAACACAUCGGGGUGAAGCUGCUAUGCGAUUGUCUGAUGAGUCCACACUGUAAACUGCAGACGCUCGGUUUGGCUGGUACAAACUUCUCAUCACAAUCAUGUGAAAUAAUGGCCUCAGUUUUCCAGUCUGCUCACUCGCAACUGAAAGAGCUCGACCUCGGCUCUAAUAAUGACAUAAAAGAUCCCGGAGUGAAGCUUCUCUCUGCUGGACUGAUCAGUGUGCAGUGUAAACUUGAGAAACUCAGGCUGGACAGAUGUGACCUCAGCCACGAAUCAUGCGAAGCCUUGAAAACUGCCCUCCAGUUGCCAAACUCAUGCUUAAAACAGCUGGAUCUCAGCUACAACAAGAUAGGAGACUCUGGAGUGCAACAUCUGUGUGAUGGACUAAUACAUCCAAACUGUAAGCUGGAGCUACUGGAUCUGAGCUACAACAACCUGGGCCACUCGGGAAUCAAACUUCUCUCUAGUGGACUGAUGACUGCAGACUGUAAACUCAGGAGUAUAAGACUUGCUGAUAUCGGAAUUCAGGAGGAGACGUGUGAAACUCUGGCUUUGGUGCUACAGUCAGAAAACCCACACCUCAGAGAGCUUGAUCUCAGUAACAAUUACAUUGGAGAUUUAGGAGUGGAGCUGCUUUGUGUUGGAUUAAUCAGCCCAAAGUGCUCCCUCGAAAAACUCAGUCUGCGAUGGUGUAAUCUCACAGAGAGGUCGUGUACAAACCUGGCCUCGGUGCUGAGUUCCCACAGUCGUCUGACAGAACUGGAGCUGAGAGACAACGAUGUGAAAGAUUCAGGGCUGAAGCUGCUUUGUGUUGGUCUUCAGGGUCCAGGAUGCUCGCUGCAGAAACUGGGUCUUUCAGGCUGUUGUGUAACAGAAGAUGGAUGUGCUGCUCUAGCUUUGGCUUUAAGCUCAGAUCACUCGAAGCUCAGAGAGAUAGACCUCAGCUACAAUCAUCCAGGAGAGUCUGGAGUGAGACAGCUGUCUGCUGUACGAGAUAAUCCACACUUUCACCUGCAGAAACUGAGUGUGGACCACAGUGGCGAGUGCAGGAUCAAACCAGGACUAAAGAAAUACGCCUGUGAGAUCACUCUGGACCCAAACACUGCACACAGAACACUCUCUCUGAGUGGGAAGAAAAAGGUAACAAUGACCAAAGGUGAGCAGCCAUACCCGGACCACCCUGAUCGUUUUGAGUACUACGCCGAGGUUUUGUGCCGGGAGUACCUGAGCGGCGCUCGCUUCUACUGGGAAACGGAGUGGACCGGCAACGUUGUUUACAUCGGGGUAACUUACAAAGGUAUCAACAGAAAAGGCCGUGGUAGAGACUGCAAACUGGGGAUGAAUAAUAAAUCCUGGAUUCUGUUUUGUUCUAAUGAUUAUGGUUAUUAUGUCAGUUAUAAUAACAAAGAAACCGUGGUGCCUAUGCCACCAAAUCCCACCAGAAGAAUGGGUAUCUAUUUAGACUGGCAGGCGGGUACACUCUCUUAUUUUAUCAUCUCGUCUGACAGGGUGUAUCACAUUUACACAUUUCACACAACAUUCACUGAGCCCCUGCACCCGGGAAUCCGUGUGUACAACUACGAUGACACAGUGACACUGUGUGAACUAGACUAAACCAAGAGCAUUCAUUCCAAUCAAUUUACUGUAGAGUAUGUCUGGGGAUUUUCUCAGGCUUUUAAACACUACUCUAAUCACGUGCACUUGGUAUUUUCACUUCUACAUUCUUCUUGAUAUUGGCUGAUUGUUGGAAAGUAAAUCAUUUUAAUAUAACUUUUAUUGUCUGUAUUUUUCAUAAUGAACGAUAUUUACUUGACAUACAGUGCAUUUCUUUAAAAUUCAUAUUUAUUCCACAUUUAAGAAUUUAAGAAUUAAUGUCUGUGUGACUCUUUGAUUCACUUUAAAUCACUGUUUUUAACUAUAAUUGUUAACUGUGUGUGUGUGUGUGUGUGUGUGUGUGUGUGUGUGUGUGUGUGUGUGUGUGUUUGAAUUUGCUGUCCAUGGAAUAUAUCUUUAAUGCAUUCUCAUCCGUAUACAGUGUUUUUUCAGUAUUAUUAUAAAUCAUUAUUGAUAUUUACAUACAGAAUAA